GUCGCCGUGCGCCGAUGUGUUGCCGGUGAAACUAAAUAAUGCAUUUUCCAGUGAGAAAGUGCUAUCAUGCGGCGAAGAUAUGCUUAAUUUUAGUGUUAGUAGUGUCUAUAUUAGCUUUAUUCGAACAAUGGCGAGGCGGGAAGCGAUCCGCUCGCGCGCAGUUCUCAGAUCCUCUCGAAGAAGAAUAUGAGCGUCAAAUCCUGGAAGACGAGGCCAGGAUCAUACCAGGUCUUGGAGAAGGUGGUGUGGCGUCCCACCUCAUGGGUGACGACAAGAUCCUGGGUGAAGAAUCAGAGAAGAAACUGGCUAUAAACGUGCAUCUGAGCGAGCGCAUAGCGUAUAACAGAACUUUGAAAGACUACCGCAACCCAGCGUGCCAUCGCGUACUAUACGACGCGGAGCUACCAUCAGCAUCAGUGAUCCUCAUCUUCCACAACGAGCCGUAUUCCGUCGUGGUCCGCACACUAUGGAGCGUCGUGAACAGUGCUCGCCGCGACCGGCCGUGGUUUCAACAUGCCAACUUUAUGGAAAGGAAUACAGGAAGGACUAUGACGCUAGGUGAGUGA